AUGUCGGCACCCGCUCGUGGCCUGGGACUGCAGUUUGCCUUUGCUGGACGCAUCUGCGGGAACACCGGCGUGGCUACCGAUGGCACGCGGCGUUUCUGCUCACGAAAGGGUCCUGGGGCGUUCGGGGGACCCCCGAGACCCCCAGGAAACCUGCUGUCCAGCCAGGGUGGGUUGGAGAUGCAGAACCUCUUCAUUGGGGUUUUCCACUGGGUGGAAAGCAAGGGCUUGCAACGGCUGUCGCUGAAGCGCGUGGUCUGGGCGCUGUGCUUCUUGGGCUCGCUGGCGCUGCUCGCCCUCGUCUGCACCAACCGCAUCCAGUACUACUUCCUCUACCCCCAUGUCACCAAGCUGGACGAGGUGGCGGCCACCAGGCUCACCUUCCCCGCCGUCACCUUCUGCAACCUCAACGAGUUCCGUUUCAGCCGGGUGACCAAGAACGACCUGUACCACGCCGGCGAGCUCCUCGCCCUGCUCAAUAACAGAUACGAGAUCCCAGACACCCAGACUGCCGACGAGAAGCAGCUGGAAAUCCUGCAGGACAAGGCAAACUUCCGAAACUUCAAGCCCAAACCUUUCAACAUGCUGGAGUUUUACGACCGAGCUGGCCACGACAUCCGGGAGAUGCUGCUGUCCUGCUUCUUCCGCGGGGAGCAGUGCACCCCUGAAGACUUCAAAGUGCCUUGCGCGGGCAGAUACGAGAUCCCAGACACCCAGACUGCCGACGAGAAGCAGCUGGAAAUCCUGCAGGACAAGGCAAACUUCCGAAACUUCAAGCCCAAACCUUUUAACAUGCUGGAGUUUUACGACCGAGCUGGCCACGACAUCCGGGAGAUGCUGCUGUCCUGCUUCUUCCGCGGGGAGCAGUGCACCCCUGAAGACUUCAAAGUGGAUGAGUUUCCAGCUCAGACUCUCUGGUUUGCUCCCAAAAGGCAUAACCUUGCUCUCAGCUUUAUGAAAUUUCAUCCCGUGGCUCUGGCGCUCGUCCCCAAGGUCACCCACCCUUUCUCCCUGGUGCUGACAACAUCCCCAGCCCCUCUCACCCACACCCUGAGGAACCAACCCACCAUCGAAGACCCCCCAGGCUGGGACAGGGCGGAGGCCAGGACCCCCACACCGGAGCUGGGACCCCCCACGCUGCAGCUGGGAUCCCCACGCUGGAUGAUGCCCCUCCAGAUAUUCUGCACCAUCUCCUUCUCCAGCGAGGAAGGACCAAGAGAUGCUGCAGCCACCAGGAGUGGAGAGGAUGGAGCAGACGAGUUCCUGUAUGGGCAGGAGGAGGAUGAAGAGGAAGAGGAGGAUGCAGGGGCAGCCACGGACUUUGUGGCCUUUGCCAGCAGUUGCACGCUUCACGGACUGAGCCACAUCUUUGUGGAGGGCAGCCUGGGCGCUCGGCAGGCACUAUGGGCGCUGGCCUUCCUCCUCUCCCUCUCCGUCUUCCUCUACCAGGUGGCCGACCGCAUCGUCUACUACCUGGAGUACCACCACGUCACACUGCUCAGCGAGGAGGACAGCCCCGAGAUGACCUUCCCUGCUGUCACCUUCUGCAACAUCAACCGUGUGCGGGUCUCGCAGCUCAGCCACGAGGACCUGCUCUACCUGGCCCCCCUGGUCAACUACGAGCCUGGGAUGGAGCUGGGCUUCGCCCCGGCCCAGCCUGGCCCCGGGGACGAGGACGAGCCCCUAAAUUUGUACGGGUUUUUUAACCGCACUUGCCACCAGCUGGAGGACAUGCUGCUGAGCUGCAGCUACCGGGGCGAGCAGUGCGGCCCCGGCGACUUCGUGGCGCAGGACGAGUACCUGCCAGUGUGGGGGGAAACAGAUGAGACCUCGUUCGAAGCCGGGAUCAAGGUGCAGAUCCACAGCCAGGACGAGCCCCCGCUGAUCGACCAGCUGGGCUUCGGGGUGGCUCCCGGCUUCCAGACCUUCGUGUCCUGUCAGGAGCAGCGGCUCAUCUACCUGCCGCCUCCCUGGGGCGACUGCAAGGCCGCGGCGGGCGACUCGGAGUUUUACGACACUUACAGCAUCACCGCCUGCCGCAUCGACUGCGAGACCCGCUACCUGGUGGAGAACUGCAACUGCCGCAUGGUGCACAUGCCAGGCGAUGCCCCUUACUGCACCCCGGAGCAGUACAAGGAGUGCGCGGAUCCGGCCUUAGAUUUCCUGGUGGAGAAGGACAACGAGUACUGCGUCUGCGAGAUGCCCUGCAACGUGACCCGCUACGGCAAAGAGCUCUCCAUGGUGAAGAUCCCCAGCAAGGCUUCUGCCAAGUACCUGGCCAAGAAGUACAACAAGUCGGAGCAGUACAUCGGGGAGAACAUCCUGGUGCUGGAUAUCUUCUUCGAAGCCCUGAACUACGAGACGAUUGAGCAGAAGAAGGCGUACGAGGUGGCCGGCUUGCUGGGUGACAUCGGAGGGCAGAUGGGGCUGUUCAUUGGGGCCAGUAUCCUCACAGUACUGGAGCUGUUCGACUACGCCUACGAGGUGAUAAAGCACCGGCUGUGCCGGCGGGGAAAGUGCCGCAAGAACCACAAAAGGAACAACACGGACAAGGGCGUCGCGCUGAGCAUGGACGAUGUGAAACGCCACAAUCCCUGUGAAAGCAUACGGGGCCACCCGGCAGGCAUGACGUACGCAGCCAACAUCCUACCUCAUCACCCGGCCCGGGGCACCUUUGAGGACUUCACCUGCUAA